AUGGCUAUUCUCUACGACCUCGGAAUUCGUCUCGUCGCGUUGACGUCGGUGGCCUUCAUAGGAGCCGUGGUGUAUAGCUACAUCAAAAUGCUGAUGUUGCGGCCCAAACUCCCUCCAGGACCCUUUCCAUUGCCCAUAAUUGGGAACAUGCACUUAUUGAAGUCGUCUAAGCCCUGGCUGCAGUUCGACAAAUGGAGCCAGGAGAAUGGUGAAGGUCUCCUGACAAUUUGGAUUGGCCGCUUUCCUAUCAUUAUUUGCAAUGAUGCUUGGUCGGCCUCGGAACUCAUGGAAAAGAGAUCACAUAUGUACUCCUCCCGACCACGAUACGUUAUAUUCGGGGACGUCACUGGCCAGCAGCACUGUAACCAAGUCUUCAUGCCUCACAAUGACCACUGGCGUCUCCAGCGAAAGAUCAUGCAUACCGCGGUAGGCUCCCAGGCAUUGAAACCCUACAAGAGUUUCCAAGAAGACGAAGGCAAGGUUCUCAUGAGGGAACUUUUGGACAGCCCAAAGGAUUUCGCACUCUACUUCGAGCGAUAUGCCUGCUCACUUGUAUCAAUUCUGGGCUAUGGGAGACGGAUUGACUCGAAAGACGACUACAUGCUCCGAUUCGCCGUGUCCAUGAUGGAUGGGAUUACCAUGAUGCAGGUUCCCGGACUAUACUGGCUCGAGGCCAUUCCCGAACUGCAGUAUCUACCCUCUUGGAUUUACGCCCUGCCCAACAGGCUUCGAAAACGCAGCCAGGCCGUCGCUAAAUACUGGUGGGGACUUGUGUCGGAGGGUGCACAGGCACGAGAAAACAACUUUGCCAAAACGCUCGUCAGGUCCAAGGAAGAGCAAGGUCUAACAGAGCUGGACAUUGCUGAGAUGAUCGCUAAUACCAUCGGCGGAGGGCUCGACACAACGUCGAGCACCUUGCACACUCUCGUUCUGGGACUUUGUGUCUUCCCCGAGGCUCAGAAAAAAGCUCACGAGGAACUCGACCGUGUGGUUGGACAAGAUCGUUCGCCCACCUGGGACGACCUCGACCAACUUCCAUAUUGUGCGGCUGUCCUUAAAGAAGCUAUGCGAUGGCGAAGUGUUACGGCUAUGGGAGGGUUUGCUCACUGUCCCGAGAGGGAUGAUGAAUACCGUGGAUACCAUUUCCCUGCCGGCAUCGCUGUCUUCGGCAAUCUCUGGGGCAUCCACCGAAAUCCCAAAGACUUCCCAGAGCCCGACGUGUUCAACCCUGAUCGCUAUUUGAAAGAAAAUCAACGCCAGUACCCGAAUUCACGAGGCCAUAACGCUUUUGGAUGGGGUCGCAGAAGCUGUAGUGGACAACUCUUUGCUGAACAGGGUUUGGCAAUGACUGUUGCACGCAUGCUAUGGUGCUACAAUUUUGAGCCAGGCUUGGAUGAAUUUGGCAACCCUGUCGAGCUAGACAUCUGGAAUUACACCGACAACGAAAACACCCAGCCACGACCCUUCCCCGCGAGAUUCCUUCCGCGUAGUGAGACGAUCAGAGACAUCAUUAUACAGCAAGCUCAGGAAGCCAGACAUCGACACGACCUCCGCGGCCCUCAAAAGAUUGCCUCUGCUUUGGGAAAUGCAUCUUUCGAGCUUGGAGAGGUUAUCGAGUUAGAUAUCCACUACAACGUUCAUCUUGCGGGUGAUAUCGCGUGCAUUUUGCCCGCUUCCACUUUCGCCGUAGACACUCUCGGGGUCAUUGAUCUACCCAAUAAAUUCGAGUUAAAACCACGCAUCUCUUUCUAUGUCGCUCUAUACCUCCUUUUGCCUUUUCCAUCUAGUCAAGCAGCUAGAUCUCUCGCCACGAUGUUUCUGAUCGUAGCUCCUCUGGCAGCGGCCUUAUUCGCACUUGUGCUACAAGGAUAUCGAUACUUCUGGCGAUCUCAGCCAACCGGCACUAGGCAGCUUCCGGGACCUAAAGGCAAACCACUCAUUGGGAGCGCUCAGGAUCUUGGGUCGGACUACUUUUGGAUAAAGUUCCAAGACUGGGCCAAACAAUAUGGGCCGAUCUAUCAGUACAAGGCAUUUGGCAAGGUCAACGUGGUGAUAUCGACGGAGAAGAUUGCCAAUGACCUGCUCAGAGAACGUGGGAAUAUCUACAGUUCGAGAGAACAGUUGACCAUGGGCUCGGAGCUGCUCAGCGACAACAAGAAGGCCUUGUUCCUUCCCUACAACGACACAUGGCGUCGGUAUCGCAAAUUCCAGCAUCAUGUCACCAUGCCUAAAAUGGCCACAUCUUAUCAGCCUCUGCAACUCCAAGAGUCUGCUCGCCUCGUGCACGACCUUGUCCUGAACCCCAAGUGCUAUCAGACGCUUUUUCAACGUUAUGCUGCCGGACUGAUUCUUCGCCUAACUUAUGACCUCCGGAUCGAAUCGGGUGAAGAGGAUGUAGUUCGUCGAGUGUACGAGAAUCAGCUCGCCGUGGAGCGCAUCGCAUCUCCAGGCCAAUAUCUUGUCGACCUAAUCCCGUCGUUGAAGUACCUUCCAGACUGGAUUGCGCCGUUCAAAAGAGAGGCAAAGGCGCAUCGCAAGCGAGAGAUCUCGUUGUUCUGCGGCCUCGUGGACGAUGUCCGAAAAGACGUUGAAAAAGGAAAAGCAGGCCCAAGUUUCACGAAGAGUUGGCUGGAGAAAAAGGAGGAGUACAACCUCUCCGAGCUCGAAGCCAGCUAUAUCCUCGGCGGCCUGUACUCUGCCGGUGCAUCUACUACUGCGUCCGGUGCAAUGAGCUGGGUGUUGUGUAUGGUCUUGUUUCCGGAGUGGUUGAAGAAGGUACAAGAUGAGCUGGACCGCGUCGUGGGCUCGGCACGGCUCCCGACCUUUGACGACCUUCCAGAGCUACCGACAGUAAGAGCCGUUGUGAAGGAGACCUUGCGGUUCAGACCCGUCACCGCUGGUGGUAUUGCCCAUAAAACGACAGCGGACGAUGUCUACCAAGGCUACUUUAUUCCCAAGGGCGCAAUUGUUCAUGGAAAUAUAUGGGCCAUUCACCACGACCCAGAGCUCUAUCCAGAUCCCGAAACCUUCAACCCCGACCGAUGGUUGAACCCAAAGUUCCCGACGUAUCGUGAACCUCUCACACAAUACCCGAAUCUGCAGAACUACUCCGCCUUUGGCUUUGGACGUCGCUUAUGCCCCGGCGCCAAUAUAGCUGAGAGAAGUCUCAAUAUCAUCGUCGCGCGCACAAGCUGGGCGUGUAACAUCAAAAAGGCCGUGGACCCCAAGACUGGCCAAGAGAUCACGCCUCCUUCUUAUGACUGCAAUACCGCCCAGUCUAGAACGGAGAUGCCCUUUUUGCCGCGACAGAAUCGUUUUGUGAUGCAUCGGGAGAAUCUCAGAACUGACGAAGUACAUUCCACAACAGACGUGAAGGCACUCAACACCGAACCUCAUACUUUCCCAUUCGACCUGUCCUGUCGCUCGCCAGAGCGCUGGAGUCUCCUCGAGGAAGAAGCCCGUAAAGCUAGAGAGGAGUUGAGGAUGCCCGCGGACAAGUAA